GUCGCGGCGUGGUUGUGUGUCCAUUGAAAUAGUACCAGAAAAUACUUCAAGAACCAUUCCGAUAUUAUCGGACCAAAGAUCGCGUGUUUAGUGAAGUGAUAAAUAAGAUUUAUUGAUGAUUUAUGACAAGUCUGUGAAAAGGGCAGCAGUAAUUUGGGAAAAUUAAUAAAGCUGUGAGAGUUUAGAAAAACCUAUAUUGAAAAUAAAGUUUUAAAAAAUUAUUUUCGGAACAAGCUCAUAAGCGUUUCGCCGAAAAUUAGAGCAUAAGGCGAGCGAGUGGGUGGAAGGGGCAAAAUGGGCGCCCUCCGCAAGUCCAUCCGCCCGAACCAGCGGAUGCCGUGCACCACGGUGCGGAUGCGUGAUGUUCGCGCCCCGGCCUUUGACAACUGAAAAUGCCAAAAGGUAGCAAAGCAGCAGCAGCAGCAGCAGUCCCCGUCCCUGCCAAUCGAUAACCGCAGCACACAAAGUGCUGAUCAGCCAAUCAAGGCGAGUAACUAAGCGAUAUAGGGGUAUAUAUAGUCAAAGAGUCCCCCGAAAAAAAAGAAGAGGAGCAAAAAAGCAAGAACCCCGAGCCCCAGGAUGCGGAUGUGGAUGUGGAUGCCGCAGGCUGUGCAGCUGCUGUUUGUGAUGGGCUUGUGGGUGAUGCAAGGUCAGGCGCAGUUGGAAUCCGUGGGACAGACAGCCGGAGCAGCGGGAUCGGCAACUGGAACUGGAUCCCCAUCCCCAUCCCUAACCCCAUCCCCAUCUCGGAACCGCAUCAAGGCGGAAGCGGAUGCCCUGAUGACGGGCGACAGCUUCAACAUUCGCCACGGGCGCUCUCGUUCGCAUUUCCUCCACCCGAACAGCAGUGGCAGUGGGAGUGGAGGUGCUGGUGGUAUACCCACCACCCGGCUCCUCCUGGUCCCACCCACCCAGUUGCCCGGGGCGGGGGGCACAUCCCCGGCUCCCGUCACGCAUAAAAUCCGCAAAUUGCACAAGAAGAAAAUCAACGAGAGCAUUCGCAAGAGUGUGGACAAGAGUCUGGGCCUCCUCCAUCCGCCCAAGAACCAUCGCAGUCUGGCCGAGGCCGAGCAUCUGCAGGGUCGUCCUGCCACCGAGGACACCGAGGACACGGCACUCAGCGAGGUCAUGCAGCUGGCGGAUGAGAUUGAGCUGGAGAGUUCAUUCGCCACGGUGGCCCCAACAGGUGAUCCGGAUAUCGUUGUCAAGCAGGCGCGCCAAUUUGUGCGUGAUGAGGCCAAUUACCAGCGGGAGCAGGAGCAGGAGGAUGAACCCCUCGGCGAGGAGGAGGAGGAGGAAGAGGAGGAGGAGGAGCUGCCUGUAUCCACCACCACAAAACCCAAAAUGGCCAGAACCCGCCUUCUCCCAGUGAAUGGGACUUGGGAGCGAAGGGGUAGGAUGCGCAGUGACUCCUCCUCGGAAUCGGAUUACGAAAGUAAUGCCCUGGAGGAGGAGCAGGAGGAGGAGGAGGAGGAUGUUCAGCCAUUUGGCAAGUCCCAGACCAACGAAAGCCUCGGCACCACCGAGUGGAUGGACGAGGGUGGUCAGCGAGGAGGCAGGGAGCCCGAGGCGGAGGCCAGAUCCCAGGUAGCCAGCAUGGAGGUCAAGCAGAUCAGCUUCGAUGGCUCCGAUUCCGAUUCCGACUCCGAGUCCGGCCUGCUGGACACCUCCGAGGUCACCAUGGACGACGGCUAUCCGCCGGAUGUGCAGAUCGAUGACAAGACCAAGCAGCUGGUCAUCGGCGAUGUGGAGGGCGUGGAGGAGGCGGAUGAGAACAUGGAGUCCAGCCAGAUAACCGCCGAUGUGAUCAACGCCCGGGACAGCAAGAUCGAUCUGGUGUCCAAGUUCCUGCAGUACAUCGAGCAGCAGCACCUGAUGGGCUCCAAUUGCGUGGCGGGUACCUCCCUGAAUCUCGGCGAGGGCGUGGUCGAUAGGUAUGCCCAGGACAGAUUCCGCGUGGAGGCCGAGGUGGCCGUCAAUCGGGCCAACAUGCUGACCAGAAUCUUCAAGACCACCGGCCGUUCCGUCCAGGAGGAUGUCAACCUGCUCCACGCCUCCGUGCUGUCCAUGGUGGAGUUCGACGAUGAUAUAUUCGCGGCCGGAAAUUGCUUCGAUUGGAACGAGCAUCCCGCCCAGCCGGGACUCUUCUGCCCCUUCGCCUACCGCCUACCGCCCCCAAAUCUCGGAGCGGUAUUCGCCAAGGAUCUGGCCAUGGAGUACCACUAUCUGGGCAACACCUCCGAGUGGUUCUUCCUGGCCCGCAAGAAUGCCGAGAAGGUGAUAGCCCGCAACGAGCAGUAUCUCAAGUCCUUUCAUCUCUACUCGAACCGCACGGAGGAGCGAAUCGAGGACGACACGCUGGCUGUGAAAUAUGAGGAUGGCAGAUGGUCAAAACCCUAUUACGACUGCGGCGGGGGCAACAUUUGGAUGCUAACCUACACGGUGCCGUUCUUUGGCUACGAGAACGGAACCUAUCACUUCAAGGGCACAUCUGGCAUCGAUAUUGACUUGCGGCGCGUGGACAUCGACCAGUGUCCUCAGAGGCACACUCCUGGAACCAAAAGACCGCUGAACAUCUUCGCCGGAACGGACAAGUGCAAGCAGCGCACCACGAUGUGCGAGGCCAUCAUGGGAUUGGGCUUUCGGCGUGGUUCCUACAAAUGCCUGUGCCGCAAGGGAUUCUAUUUCCCCGACAUCGUCUCGCAGCACAAGUUCUUCAACGGCAGCCUGCUGGAGGAGGAGUACGAGAAGCUGAUGCUGGGCAAGAACUCCACGUACAACAGCAACAGCGAGUACGAGUGCCUGCCCUGCGCCGAGGGCUGUGACUCCUGCGAGGACUCCUCGCCCUGCAUCGCCGCCCUCAACUGGCCGAUGCGCACCAGCAUCCUGGCGCUGGCCUGCAUCGUGAUUGGACUCCUGCCGCCGGCAGCCUGGUUCACCUUCCGCUACCAGCAGGUUAAGGUUGUGAGGGCAGCCAGUCCGGCUUUACUGCGGGUCAUUGCCUUGGGGGCAUUCUUCAUUUACUGCACGAACAUAGUGAUGUAUCCCAAUCCCAAUCUGUACACCUGCACCGCCCGCAUUUGGCUGCGUGAGAUAGGAUUCUCACUGACUUACGGAGCUCUGAUGCUGAAGACCUGGCGGAUAUCGGUGAUUUUCCGAGUUCGUUCAGCGAAGGCUGUGAAAAUCACUGAUGCAGCCUUGCUCAAAAGACUGGGCAUCAUCUGCGGGGCGAUUGGAACCUGCCUGCUUGUCAGGACCCUCGUCUCUCCACCGGAUGUUGUUGUGGGCCGCACUGCCGAUGAUUUGAAGGCCUUCCUCUGCAAGACCGACUGGUGGGACUACACAUUCACAUCGAUGGAGGUCCUGUUUCUGGCCUGGGGCGUUCGUUUGUGCAUCAUGGUGCGGAAGGCGCCCUCGGAGUUCAACGAGAGUCGCUUUAUUUCGAUGGCCAUCUACAAUGAGUUCCUGCUCACCUGCUUCCUCAAUGUGUCCAUGCUCUUCCUGCAGUCGCCGGCCAACCCGGACUUGCUGUACAUCAUCUUCUUUUGCCACACGCAGCUGACUGUGACCCUGCUCCUGGCCCUAAUCUUCGGCAGCAAGGUGUACAUCGUGCUGCGUAGUGGCAAAUCGCAUCAGGAGAACAUCGGCAUGGGCACCAAGGCAUCGGGGGCGAAAUUCAAUUUCCGUCCCCAAGUGCGCACCUUUGCCAAUCCCAGCUCGGUGACCACCUCCACGGUCCCGGUGGCGGGCACCACGUCAGCAGAAACAAAGCUGUCCGACCAGGAGGCGCUGGAGGAGAUCCGCCAGCUGAGCAUGCAGCUGCAGCGCAUCCAGGAGAUGGCUCCGCCCAAGGGCGUGGCGGUGAUGACCAUCUCCAGCCUGCUGGACGGCCUAAAGACCCCGGGCGGCCUUAUGGUUGUGGCGGCGGCGGCGGGAGCCACUGCCCAUGGCCACUCGGCCGCCACCCGCCAGAGUGCCCUGCCCCUCCUGGCCCUGAAUGUGGAGAUGCAGAAGUACAGCCAGCAGAACAACAAUGCCAAUGGGCGUGGCAGUGCCAGGGCCAGUAUCCCCACCAUGGUCCUGGAAACGCCCCCGAGCUCUACGCCCCCCUCGGCGGCCUACGAGGAGCGGGCCAUGAACACGGAGAUCAGCGGCGAUGACUUCCGGGAGCAGCUGCUCCGGCGGACAGCCGAUGGCCACAUCAUCUGCAGUCGCUGUUUGGAUGCGUCCAAGGAGCACUACUACUGCUGUCCACCGCGCAGCGCCUGCGAUCACAUGGGUUCACCCAAGGAUGAGGGCAGCCUUAGCUUCGCCAACAUCAAGCUGGAUUGCAUGUGCUCCCAGUCGGAGGACCUCGACCAGGCUGAUCCCUGCCAGCGCAGCCAGAGGAGGCCCACAGUGCGAACGGCAGCCACCAAUACUCCGCCAACCAGCUGCAAAAGGCAACCCCGCAAUUUAUUGGAGGCCGAGCUCAGCAUUUCGUAUCAAAUUUGUGAUAAUUGUAGAAGUAAGUACAAGCUAACUGGCCGCCGGAGGAGCGGCAGUUACUCGCAGGCCCAGGCGAAUCCGCAGCUUGGCCAACAGCCGAGUGGCCAGCAGGUGCAUCCCAUCCAGUCCCGCAGCAUCGAGGUCCUGGAUCGCACGACGGCAGCGGAAGUUGAGGGCGAGGGCGCCAGGACCAAGGCGGCCCACUCCACGGACGACAUUGUCCUGUACUCCACUGAGAAGGAGAAGAUCCAUGUCCAGGCUCAGCUGGAGCCCGACUCCCUGGCUGCUCCCUCCCUGGGCAAUGUGUCCAACAACUCUAAUAACUCCACCAGUGGCAGUGGAGGCACAUCUCGUCCCAAGAGGCCAGACAAGCUGGUCCUGGAUCUGAACGAUCGGUCCAAGUACACCAAAGAGGUUUCCGUGUAAAGAGAAUGAAUUUUGGCCUGCCAGGCAAAGCUGUUCGGCAAAAGUCGAAAAAACACUGUAAGUUUACCAGGAUAUUAUAUUAUUAAAUAAGAUUUAUUUAUAUCAGGAACCGGAUGGAUUAUAUUUUUUAGUUUCAACAUCAUGUAUUAGAAAUUAUAUUUCAUUAGGGUUCCAAAUAAAUCUAAAAUUUAUUUUUGAUAUUUUUUAAACAGGUCUUUCAAGGGACAAAAAAGUCUUGUAAGCCCUGAAAGCAACAAUAACUUAAAUUUACUAAAAACAUAACCCUGCCCUUAUAUUUAAAACACUGACUUCAAAUUAAAGAUUUUAAAAUAUUUUUUUAAAAAUAUAAGAGCAUAACAAUUUCUUAGGUAAUAAUUCCUAAAUUUUGGGUUAUUUCUUAGUGUAUUUAAAAAAAUCGUUGUUAAAGUUAUUAAACAUGUUUUGCAAUUUUUAUAAUCAAUCAAAAAAUAAUAUGAUUUGGGAAAUAGCCGAAAUUUUUAUUUUUUAGGCCUUAUAAAUCCAAAUGUUUUCGACUUUAUCUAGUCGAACAGCUUUUGCACUGGCUGGCAGCAAUCAAAAAUGUUUUAUGCUUAGGCCAGUUGAAUUAUCAAAGACUUUAUUAAAUUAUAUUUGUACAACUAAUUAGAUAACUGAUUGACUUAGCUAAAUGUAGUUAUAAGUCGAACCCAAAAAACACCCGAUUUCAAUGAAAUGCAAUAAAGCCAGGAGUUUUGCGAUUUGCAUUGCUAAGCAAAAUGAUUUGCAACUAUAAUGAGCCCCCGAAUGUUGUGAAUUUAUUGAAUUUGGCAAACAAACGAACGCGCGAAAGUCAACAACACAUUUUGUUGAAAGUCAUGUGUUUUUGGGCGGAAUAUUAAUUAAAUUUACAUUUCAUAUAUGUAGAUAAUUAAAUCUAAAUUGCUUACUAAUUGAAACUUGCAGCGAGUCAUUUCCAAUGAAAAUGAUUUAAGUACUCAUAAUGAUGAUGGUGGUAAAAUGCAUUUGCUGUUAUAUUUAUUAAGCCAUGUUUAAGUGCCGAUCUAUUCAAAAUGGGAGCCCAACCACACACACAACACACAAAACACACACUCUGUAAAAUAGUUAAUCAAAGUUGAUGUGAACUGUAAAAUACACAUAUCUCCUUUAAAAACUCACACAAUACCUUCCAACUAAAUAUAGUGAAUAAAUAAUUGUAGUUACAAUUAAGCAUUAAUUAUCUGUCGUACACUUAGCUGCAAUAUUAUAAAUAUUUCAAAAUCGAUUAAAUGCUGCAAAUUGCCCACCCCUUUGCCGAAAUAUGAAAUACGAAAAAUUACAUUUGCAAAAUCUGUGUUGUCGCUUGAACAGACGAGAACAAACAAUUGCAUGUAAAUUAAGUGCUGUAGUUAAGCGUUGAUGUUAUUGAGUUGGAAAAUAUGUGCAUUAAAUGCGUUUGUUUAAAGCAAUCCAAUAAAUGGCGAGUCUACUGAAUGUACACCUAAGA